CCGUCUUCCUGAACAGGAAGAAUUGUAGCCAGGGGCGGAGGAAAUGAUCCGCAGCCUGUGCUGGUUCUCCGUGCUCCAUGGCAGCCUUGCGUUGGAGACGGAAACCAGGCCUGUCACAAAAGUGGUGAACCUCUUAGAGGGUAUGCAAUCCAAUUUGGAAAAGGAAACUAAAGAGGAUGAGGACACCCAUGACAAGAUGCAAUGUUGGUGCAAAACCAACGGAGACGAAAAAACCAAGAGCAUAGAAGAGGCCCAGACCAAGAUCAAGGCCCUUGAAGCUCGAAUGGAUGAGCUGACAGCGACCAGCUCUCGCCUGGCCACGGAGAUUGCGGUGGCCGAGGAAGAAGUGUCCAACAAUGAGAAGGCCUUGCAGUCCGCCCAAGCCUUGCGCGAAAAGCAGUUCACUGAGUUUAAGAGUGAUUUCAAGGAUCUCACAGAGUCCGCCACUUCAGUGGACAAGGCGCUGGACGCCAUCGGCACCAAUAAAUCGUCCUUUCUGCAGACCUCCAGGGGACGGAUGGCUAGUGCCAUGACUCAGCUGAAGAUGGUUUUGCUGAGACAUG